AUGCCGUUUGCUAAAAAUAGAUUACUGAAUGAAGUCCCACUUGUGAAGCAGAAGGUAGUUGCUGGUCGUCCAGGUAAUACAACUUCAGAAAAAGCAGAGAAGACAAAAGAUAACUUGGGAAGUCUGACAUAUCCAGCAGAUCAGACAGUUACCACAAGUGGGGAAAAGUCUGUGAUUAGUCGCCUGGAAGAAAAUAAUCCGAAAGUUUUAGAUGCCUAUAUGAGUUUCACUGUAGCAACACCUCUUCUGUCUGAAAGACAAAGACAUGAAUUGAAUCCACUUGUUAUAAAGAUUCGUUCAGCUACCUGCCUCCCAAAUACACCUGUACCAAUAGAAGUUCUGCAGAAAAUGUGUGUUCCUACUUACUGCAAGUACAAAUUUCACAACUUUCCAGUUCAUCAAACUCAUGGACAAAUCCAUGGAACUCAUGUCUACUUUAAGGAUGCUAAUGUGCUUCUAACAGGGACAAUGAAACCUGAAGAAUUACAAGCCUGUCUUAGGGGUCCACCUAUAGAGGUUGAAGUUCACGACCGUGAUAGAAACAUGGCAAAUGAUACAAAUAAGCCAUGUUUGUUUGGGGAGGAUCUAGCUGAUGAAAAGGUGGGUGAAGUAAGCCUUCUUGCUUGCAAAUCCACAAUCUGUAACUCAUCUACAGAGAAGAAACAGUGGCAUCCACAUGGGAUAGCUAAAGUCAGUCUUGCUGAUCUACUGUUGGGCAAAAAGUGCCUGAAUAUCAGUGUGCCAAUUCAUAGCUGCUCAGUUCCAAAUGCAGCUGCCUGCAAGGAGGAGGAUAAAAAUGAGAGAAUAGUAGGAUCUGUUGAUAGUUUUUCUCUAAUGCCUAUGGGGCAUUAUCUAGAGUCAGAUUCACUUUUGAAAGUCAGAGUGGAAAUAGCUGUACCGUUAGGAGUGCAAGCAGAAACUGCUCAUGCUGAAGUCACAAAUUACCCAUAUGGCUGCAUAAUCUAUGUUUUUGACUAUAAUAAUGUAUCACUAUUACAUGAUUUGGUGGAAGAGAUUACAGCAAUCAAUGCAGAAGCCCUCCAGCUGGACUGUUAUCCUAUGCCUGAAAAACACACCUAA